UAAAGGGAACCGAGCUGCCUUCCUAGAGAGGACCGGAAGAAAAGGGGGGCCAGGUCCUCCGGAGCCAAGGCCCCUCCCUCCCCAGUACUUUCCUGCUUUGGUGUCUUUCCUGCAAGGGCUGCAUCACUGUCCCCUCCCUUCUGGGAUGAUCUGGAUUUCCUAGAGCUUCUCGUUAAGACGGACAGAACUUGGCAGAAGACCAAAGGGUUCCUUCCGAUCUCUUAGAGGCUUCCUGAGAGCACAGAUGGAAGAGCGAGAUUCAGCUGGCCCUGCAACCAUAAGAGGCCAUGCCAACCAAACUGGGAGCAGUGGGGGAUUCUGGGAAAGCCCAGUGCAGAAGAUCCUGGGUGAGGAGGACGCCCUCCGCUCAGAGGUGCAAAGCCAGCAGUUGAGGCUGUUCUGCUGCCAGGAGGCCAAAGGACCCCGAGAGGUUUGCAGCCGACUCUACCACUUUUGCCACCAGUGGCUGAAGCCAGAAAGGCACACGAAAGCUGAGAUGCUGGACCUGGUGAUCUUGGAGCAGUUCCUGGCUGUCCUUCCCCCGGAGAUGGAGAGCUGGGUGAGGGAAUGUGGAGCGGAGACCUGUUCCCAGGCGGUGGCCCUGGCCGAAGGUUUCCUCCUGAGUCAGACAGAGGAGAAAAAGCAGGAAGAGAAAAAGCAGGGAAAGGAUCAUUUUGCAGAAAUGGACCUGGAUUCCUGUGAGGCAGAGAGGCCUCCGUUGGACACCAGAGAGAGGCCACUGGGUGACAGAAUGAUGCUGGCAAGACCUCCUGAUCCAUCUUUUCUUGGGGGCAGAAGGGAAGCAGCGGCUGUGGAACCAGAUCAGGGUCCAGUGUGCCUUGAAGAUGUCGCUAUUCAUUUCAAGGACGAGGAGUGGGCGUUGCUGGAUCCUGACCAGAGAGCUCUGCAUAAGGACGUCAUGGAGGAGAAUAGUGGGAUUGUGGCCUCUCUUGAUUGUAAUGAAUUGGAAAUCGAGAACAAAGAUGACCACGACAGAAUCCCCAGAGAGGAGAACCCAUGUAAAAAUUUGGAGUGUGGAGAAAGCUGCAGUCAGAGCUCCCAUUCCACUUCCCAUCAAAGAAUUCAUACAGGGGAGAAACCAUAUCAGUGCGAAGAAUGUGGAAAGAGCUUCAGUCAUGGCUCCUCUCUCACUUGCCAUCAAAUAAGUCAUACAGGGGAGAAACCCUAUCGGUGCAUGGAAUGUGGAAAGAGCGUCAGUUACAGCGACAAUGUCACUUCCCAUCAAAGAAUUCAUACAGGGGAGAAAGCUUAUCAGUGUGUGGAAUGUGGAAAGAGCUUCAGUCAGAGCUCCAAACUCAUUUCCCAUCAAAGAAUUCAUACAGGGGAGAAACCCUAUCAGUGCUUGGAAUGUGGAAAGAGCUUCAGUAGGAAGGACAGUCUCACUUCCCAUCAAAGAAUUCAUAGAGGGGACAAACAGUAUCAGUGUGUGGAAUGUGGAAAGAGUUUCACUGAUAGCUCCUCUCUCACUUUCCAUCAAAGAAUUCAUACAGGAGAGAAACCAUAUCAGUGUGUGGAAUGUGGAAAGAGCUUCCGAAGGAGCUGCGAUCUCACUCCCCAUCAAAGAAUUCAUACAGGGGAGAAACCCUAUCAGUGCUUCGAAUGUGGAAAGAGCUUCAGUCAGAGGUCCCAUCUCACUUCUCAUCAAAGAAUUCAUACAGGGGAGAAACCAUAUCAGUGUUUGGAAUGUGGAAAGAGCUUCAGUCAGAGCUUCUAUCUCACUUCCCAUCAAAGAAUUCAUACAGGGCAGAAACCCUAUCAGUGUGUGGAAUGUGGAAAGAGCUUCAGUCAGAGCUCCUCUCUCAGUAAGCAUAAGAGAAUUCAUACAGGAAAGAAACCAUAUCAGUGCUUCGAAUGUGGAAGGAGCUUCAGUCAGAGCCACAAUCUCACUUUCCAUCAAAGAAUUCAUACAGGGGAGAAACCAUAUCAGUGCGUGGAAUGUGGAAAGAGCUUCAGUCAGAGCUUCUAUCUCACUUCCCAUCAAAGAAUUCAUACAGGGGAGAAACCCUAUCAGUGUGGGGAAUGUGGAAAGAGCUUCAGUCACAGCCACAGUCUCACUUCCCAUCAAAUAAUUCAUACAGGGGAGAAACCCUAUCAGUGUGUGGAAUGUGGAAAGAGCUUCAGUACGAGCUCCCAUCUCACUUCUCAUCAAAGAAUUCAUACAGGGGAGAAACCCUAUCAGUGUGUGGAAUGUGGAAAGAGCUUCAGUCACAGCCACAGUCUUACUUCCCAUCAAAGAAUUCAUACAGGGGAGAAACCCUAUCAGUGCUUGGAAUGUGGAAAGAGCUUCAGUAAGAGCUCCUCUCUCACUUCCCAUCAAAGGAUUCAUUGAGGGGAGAAACCCUAUCAGUGCGUGGAAUAUGGAAAGAGCUUCAGGCAGAGCUGUGAUCUGACUUCCCAUCAAAGAAUUCAUACAGGGGAGAAACCAUAUCAGCACUUGGAAUGUGGAAAGAGCUUCAGGCAGAGCUGUGAUCUGACUUCCCAUCAAAGAAUUCAUACAGGGGAGAAACCAUAUCAGUGUGUGGAAUGUGGAGACUUCCAGUCUGCCGCGCUGGAAUGGAGGCGCAGAAACCUCACGCUGUGAGGUUUCUGGCAUCGCGGAGGGGGGGGGAAAUCCGCAGGGGCACGCGGAUCCCCGUAAAUACCCCUGGUUGAGCAUCCAGGGGGCAAAUUUUGCCUGGCGGAGCUCCAGAAGCGACUCCUCUGCUGCCCGGGAAGCCCGCAAGAGCUCCUGAGAGUCAGCCGAGUGGCAGUCGCGGGAGCCAUUUUAGGCAUACCAUCGUUACCUCCAAGAAGCGAAGCUCCGAGCCUUCAGCCUGCAAGCGGUGGAUUCUUCCUGAAAAAGUUAUGAUCUGGACGAAGUAAGUUGAAAUUAAUCAAUUCGGAACAAGAAUUUGGCAGUGGGAGGCGGAGAUUAAAAAGGGAAGUCAUCUCCCCCCAAUUGAGUAAUUAAAGAUCGCAGUAAGCUUAGAAAACCCAGAAAUACUGCAAAAAGAACUUUUUCCUGAGGCAGAGUAAAGGAAAAAGUAAGCGGUGUAUUUAUCUCUGCAAAAGACUGAGAUUUAGCAUGAGAAAAGCCCCCUGCGAGCCUGGAGUCGGGUCAAAGGAAGGAUCAGUCAGUCUGCUGAAUGACGUCACAAUACAAUGGAAUGCGUCUGGCUGAAUGUGAGAGACUGAGAACAGUGAAAGAAGAUUUGUUUUGCUUCGAGGCUGCUCAGUAUUGACUCUGAGGAAAAGAAGGAGUAAAGAGAGUGAUUUUGACCAAGUGGGACUAGAUUCCUGACUUUUUUUUUUGACUUUUCAUUUAUAUUGGACAAAAACAUAAACUUCACUGCCUGUCUGCAUAAAGAUGGAGGAGGUCUUAGACAAAGGACUAGGAGAGAAGGUUCCAGAGAGUGGACAGGAAGUCACACAGUGGGACUUAAUAUUGGCAACAAUUUUGGAACUUACUAAGCAAGUGAGUAUCUCCAAGCUUGAUGUAAAUUUCCUGAGAGAGGAGACUGUGGAGACAUUUGUUUCUGACUUUAAAACACAGGAACCAAUUGAAAUAGAAAAUCAGGAGAAGGGAGAAGAAAAAAGAUUGGAAGACCAGGACUGUGCUGGAGUGACGCAUGUAAAAAACCUAGAAGAGGAGAAAGACAAUAUUGAAGGACAAUAUGCUGAACUAAUGGAUUUAAUUUCUGAGAAGAACACUGUUCCACUGGUGGAAGGGGUAGAACAGGGAGGAAAAUUAGGAGAAAAUACUGUUUCACUGGUGAGAGAAGUGAAACAGGAGAGGGUGAAAGCAAAAAAGCACCCCAAAAAAGAGGCUGGGAAAAUCAGCGCCCCGGUGGGAGAGGGGAGGAUGCAAACAGUUGGGGGGCAGAAAGAGGAUGAAAAGGUGCAAAGAUAUAAAGUGAUGGGAUUACAGAAGAGGGGGGCAAGAGUUCGGCAAAAGUUGGAAUGGGACAGACUAGGGGUGGGUUGAGGGGUUCUGGAUUAUUUGGUAUUGUUUGAUAUAAUAUGGUCUGAUCUCGGAAUGUAUUAAGGAUUGUAUGAAGAACCUGGCUGAUACAUCUGGAGACUUCGACUUCAGGGAAGGGGGGGUGGGAACUUUGUUGUGUGGGUGGAAGUAAAUGGGUAAAAGAUUUCGAUGCAAAUUUUAUAUAUUUUUGGGUAAGGGAAAGAGAUUAGGGGUUAGAUAAUAGUAAUUUUGGAGAGAGGAUGUUAGUAAAAAAGAGGUCAAAGUAUAAGGAGAAUGGAUAAUAGCAAUGAAAAAGUUGAAACUUAGAAAAAAGAAUGUGAAGUUAGAAUGGGAAAAUGCAAGAACUAUUUUUAACAAUAAGAACUCAAGAAGGGGAAAUGAGGAAGCCUGAAUCUUUUUUCUUUUUGUCUUUUUUUUUCUUUUGAUUGUUGUAUUUUUCUUUUUUGUCCUUUUUUCUUUUUUUUCUGUAUUCCUUGUUAAAAUCUAAUAAAAAUUAUAUUUAAAAAAAAACAGUGUGUGGAAUGUGGAAAGAGCUUCAGUAUGAGUUCCCAUCUCACUUCCCAUCAAAGAAUUCAUACAGGGGAGACGAUACACUCUAGUACAAGCCCCGGAGAGAGUGGAGUGGUAGUCGCCGGAGCCAUUUUUGAGCGCCUUCGUUACCCUCGCGAACUGAAGCUCCGAGCCGGCAGUGAAGAGAGGUGGAUUCUUCCAGAUUAAAAAUUUGAGGACUUUGGGCACUGUGAUUAAAAGGACUGAUAAAUUUGCUUUGAUUUGAUAGAAUUGGCCACGGGAGAUCUAAAGAGGAAGUCGGCCUCCUCCAUUGAGAGAACUGUGACGCAGUAACCUGACCCCUAGUCUCACUUCACAUAAAAGAAUCCAUACAAAGGUCAGAAAAACCAUUAUACAGCUUUAGGAGCCAGGCAAAUCAGCAUCUUUUUAACCGGGCCCUUGGCUGAUUGACAUCUAAUGCCCUUUUAAAAUGUGGUGUUUUGUGUUUUUAUGUUGUGUUUCUAUGUUGUAAUCAUGCUUAGACCUGUAGAUGUAGGGAAUUGGCGCCAACUCUUUCCCCCCCUUCCUCUUUGCAGAGAAACAUUUUUUAAGAAUCUUUAUUUAAAAACUUUAGUGUUACAAAACAAAACAAGAGAAAAAACCAAGUUAAAAACAAACAAUAUAUAUUCAAUAUAUUCAAACCUAAAGAAAAAAACUUUUCCCCUUCCCCCCUCCCAUCCCUCACGCUUCCCUCUCUCCGUGUCCGAUCUUCUUUUACCUACUGUACUAUUUAUUAUUGUUGCGUUGUUCACUUUAUCUAAUUAUUCUAUCAUUCCUACUCAAAUUUGUGUUAUCUUGCGGCUAUGAAGUUAUACCAGCACCCAUAUUCACCAUGAAUUCCUUAAUACAAUCCCACUCUUUCUUAAUUGCUUGAUUGGAACAUCCUCUGUUUGAUGCUGUUAAUUGUCCCAUCUCCGCAAAUUUAAACAUCUUUAUUCUCCAUUCUAUUAAACCUGGUAUUUUGUCAGAUUUCCAUUUUUUUUGCCAGUAUAAUUCUGGCUGCCGAGGUUGCAUAAAAAACCCACAUUCCUGUAACAGCCGAUGUAGCAGCGAAGGGAGUAGCACCGAGGCUUAUUACAAGCGGUGGGCUCUCGUGAAGGAAGACAGACAACUGAUAGAAUUCAACCAGUCGUGGGACGAGAGCCCUGAGCUCUCUCGUGACCACGUAUUUAUUAGUUAUAGAAAAUGCAUAUGCACAAGCCAUAAACCAAUCAUUACAGCACACCUAUCUAGCAUUAUCCAAUAAUUUCAGCAGAACACACUUAUGCCCAUUUAUGCUCAGACCUAUUUUUCUCUAUAGCAUGCUUGUCCCUCAUGGGUAACUUGUGCCCCUGAGAAAUGAAUAACUUAUGAUGUAUGUGAAGAUGUUCCUCAUGGCUCGCUUGGCCUCUGAGGAAUGAAUAAGUUGUGGUGUAUGGGAGAUGUUCCUCAUGGCUGGCUUGGCCUCUGAGGAUUAUCUAUCUCGUGUGGUAUGUGGAGAAGUGCAGACUCUACGCCCCUGGUUCGUUACGCUUAGUGACGUUGCCAGGGUGCCCGCAUACCACUUGAGAGAGGAGUGCGGAAGCACCACUUGAUGCCUUUUGGACGUGGCAGCAUUAUUCCUACACAUUCCUUAAAAGGCUAUUUAGAAUUUCAAUCUUGAUGAAACCAGAGGCUUUUUUUUUAUUUUUUAUUAAGUUUAGUUCCGAAUGACAUUCCUAAGAACAAUAGGCGCCAACUCUUAAAGGUGGUGUGUUUGCCCCACCCACCCACCCCCACAAUAAAAUAUUUGAGGAGGCCACCCCACAGGGGUAUAAAAUUUCUCUUUCAGUUUGCCCUCUUAAAAAAAGUCUCAUCUGAGCCAAAGCUCUUUCUCCACACUUGGAAAAGGCUGCUACUCCACUCUGGGCAACCCUAAAACCACCCUGAGGUGAUCAGGACACUUAACAUGGAGUAUCUGGAGGAGGGUGGCAGCAUUGGGGGCCUCCGUAAGGAGACCCUCCAGCAGGCGGUGGAACUGACCCUUCAGAUCCUUUGGGAAAAGAGAGAAGAGAGGUUAAGUCCGGGGUGGAAUUACGUAAGAGCCAGGCAAAGACAAGCUCAAGACAAAGGACCUCCCUCCCUGUGCUGAUGAUCCUCAGGCACACAAAGAAGUCCCUCAAACAUGCAGAGCAGAGGAGAGACUCCAGCUCCUUCCGGGGGACAGCCAGAGGGUGGCUCCGACCCCAAAGGCCAGGCUUUGCUUUCUGCGGGAUCGGCAACCCCAUGCCCUAAGCUGGCACAAGCCCCUCCCCAAAGCCCCCCACCUCACCAUGGGGGUCCCUCACACCACUGGUCACUCACCAGAAGGGCCUCUGCUGUCCGGUGCUUGGACACCUGAAGGGUGUGGAGGCUUCUCAGGGCAGCUGCCUGGCAGCUCUGUGUCACCUGGAGCAAGGAAUCUAGCUCCCGCGCCAGCAGCUGAAAUGGCAAAAGAAACUUGUCAGUCAGAAGUGCAGAGUGGGGGGCAAAGAGCCCAGGCAGCUCUGAGGGAUCCUCUCCCUGCUCUUGUUUUCUCCAAUACUCACUCUUGCUGGAUGGAAGAGAACCUGUGGCACAUCUGCAAAAAGAGGAAAACAUGGGGACAGGUGAGUUCCUCUCAGAACACCUGGCCCGGUUCUUUCAAGAGUCUUCUCCUGGAUUCCUCUGCUUCUACACAUGAUGAAAAGUCCUACUACAGGGGUGGGACACCCCAAGACCUGGAGCAGAUGGAGCCUGGGUCAGGUCCAGCCGUCUGGUUCUUUGCAUCUUUUGACCAGCUGUCCCCCCUCCAAAUCCUGCACCCUGAGGUGCCCCCUAAUCCUCCAUUGUCCAAACUUGCUCACCUAUCACCACCGGCUCCUCCUGGACUUGCAGCGGGGCCACCCUGUUCCUCUGCUGGCAGCUGAACAAGGCCCUGAACCACCUGAACCUAAAGGAGAGGAGCAGGGCAGAGA